AUGAGCGCGCCCGCGAGUGUGGAAGAGCUGCGGCGGCAGCUGGAGGCGGAGCAAGACGCUCACGCAGCGACCAUGGCGCAGCUGCAGGAGCAAACACGCACCUUCCAGGCAGUGCUGGCGGAGCAGCAGGAGGCCUUCACAGACCUCAUCACCCGUGUCACGGAGCUUCGAGUGGCGAAGGGCGAAUGCAUGGCUGCUCAAGUCGCCGGUCGCACACAGCACAUGACGUUCAAUACCGGCUCGGACCUGCUUGACGGCUUCUUGUACAGCUUGCAGGCGAAGCUGGAAGAUCCAGAGAUGCCCGUCGCCACCUCCGUUCUCCAGAAGCUCGAGAACGCCGCACUGGAAGCGCUCACGCCGUACGGACCCGGACGCGUGUCCGCCCUCUUAAGCAGUAACUCCUCUGCUGUGCGCACUACGGGCCUCCUCGUACUGUUCCCCAAUGAUGUGCGUGGCGUGCGACAGUGGGCACGGAAGCAUCUGAGCAGCUGUGCUUCCUGCGCCGCUCGACAGGCGCAGCUGCCGGCGUGGACGCCGUACCGCUACGACAGCAAAGAGGCCGGCUUCGCCGCAGCCCCCAACCUUCGAGCGAUUCCGAACAAGCACUACCACCACGUCGCCAUCUCCCUUCAGCAGGAGCGCAGCAUAGCGGACCGGAUGGACACCGAGAACCAGCUCGUCAUCAUGCGCACCACGGCGCUUGUGCGCGUGCAAUCAGCGCAGACAGGACAGCCGCUAGCGGAUGCGGCAACUGCGUGUUCGCAGAUGACCAGCAGUCUGCAGGCCUUCUUGGCAGAGACGGUGGCGGGGCUUUGCAACACCGCCAGUGUCUCUGCUCCGUGGAGCACCGGCGCCAACCCGAACACUGAGCUCUCUACAGCCAUCGAAGUCCUUCUACACAUGGUUGAGCCAAGCGUGCAGGUGCGGCCCAUGCAGCAAGUCGCCGUCAACUCCACUGGCGCUUCGUGCACCCUUUUGGAGAUUGAGGCGACGGUGAGUGUGCCGCUGCACGUCUCGGCACUGGCGCCGCUGCUUCGCUUAAUGGAUGACCCGGCGCAGCGCGACUACGUGAUUCAGCACGUGCUCACGCCGCUGGCGCGCCGCAUUGGUGACGUUCUCGGCGACGGUGACUUGGCCGCCAACUACACGGCAAUAGGUCUGCGGUUUGUUGAAGCGCUGUAUCGCAUUGCUGUGCAUCAGGGCCUCGUGGAAACUGACGGGGCGCCGAGCGGAAGAUGUACCGCGACUCCUUCGUCGUCGAUGUCUUCUCCAGGUGGAAAGGACGGGAAGAGCAAGGCACUGGAGCAGCUCUACCUCAUCCUCCAGGCGCUGGCGGUCUUUAGCACCAGUGUCGAUGUGGAGGUGGUCACUCCACACGUCCCGGCAAGUCAGCCGGAGUCGACACAGGAUGCAAAGAGGGCGGCGUUUCACCUCGCUCGUGCGCUGCUGCGGCAGUUUGCGGCCCCGAACCCACUCGUGUUACCUCAAGGCGACGAUGUGAACUCCGUAAACAUGACCUUCAAGGUUUCGCGUGCCCCGACGACCUUCCUGGAGGUUCUCAAUCGCGCCUUCAGCAGCAACCAGCGCCUCCCUCCCACCUCACGCAGCACCGCACUGGACGCAUUCAUGUCGCCCAAGUCGAAGAUCAGCCUGGGGUUGAAGCUGUUCAGCGAGCUUGUGGUGGAAGUCUAUCGACCCUAUCAUCCCUGCACGGCCAUUAUCUUGGCGGCGGAGAACGGUGUGGGUGGUCGCUCUCGUGCGCCGCCAUGCGUGCCGGUAAUCGACCUUCCUGUGGACGCGGUGGAGGCGAAUGUGCGUGUUGCAGCGUACGUCGAGCAGCGCCUGCAGCAGCUGAACGAGAUAGAGGCGUCAGACGCGGUUGCAGCGGAGGGCCGACUUGAGCGGGAAGGUAAGGCUUUCAUGCAGCACAUGGCGUCCACUCUACAGCAGGCGGCGCCGACGGAGCGACUUUGCAGGCAGUGGACUGCUGCGCAGAUCACGGUAAAUGAGGUGUCGAAAGUGUGCGUGGAUGUCUUGGUGCCGUUCGCGAUGACGGAGGUGGACGUUCGAUCAGCGACGAAGCCGCUGCUAUACCUGCACGUUGUCUACAACAGCUAG